AUGCACAUUCGCUACUCGGAGAACUCGGCGGCCCGGGUGUCUGUGGUCGAGGCUUCCUGUAUACGAGUGUUGGGAGUUCAAUCCUGGCGCUCCCUAACGCUCUCUCUCUCUCUCCUUCUAGCCUGCACGGGUCAGCUGGAGCACGUGGACUACCUCACCAAGGGCCCGUGGGUGCAGAUACAGCGGUUCGUGGUGCCGAAGUUUGUGGGUCGCGGCCUCAACGCCAGCCUCGAGUGCGACUACCAGGUGCUGCAGGACGCCCGCCUCUACUCCCUCAAAUGGUACAAGGGCUCCUCGCAGUUCUACCAGUACAUCCCGUCCAAGACCCCGACCCACGCCUCCUUCUCCGUCGAGGGCCUCAAGCAGCAUCAGGUGAGGGAUGGUGUCGUUCCCGAAUCUCAGCCUGCCGCGGAGUUGCCUCGUGUCCUCCCGAGAGCGUGA